UUUCUGGGAGUCGUAGUUAUCUUACCUGCUUCCGCGUUUUCUCUGAGCCUGGACCGUCCGGCGCGGGUUCUACUCAGGAGAAGCCAACCCUCCCGCCUCGCCAGGACCCCGCAAUGCCCGCCCCGCAGUGCGCCUCCUGCCACAAGGCGCGAGCCGCCCUCCGCCGUCCGCGCUCGGGCCAGGCGCUGUGCACCACCUGCUUCUGCGCCUCCUUCGAGGCCGAGGUGCUGCACACCGUGGUCGCGGGCCGCCUGCUGCCGCCCGGCGCCGUGGUGGCCGUGGGCGCCUCGGGCGGCAAGGACUCCACUGUGCUGGCGCACGUGCUGCGCGAGCUGGCCCCGCGCCUGGGCAUCUCGCUGCACCUCGUGGCCGUGGACGAGGGCAUCGGCGGCUACCGGGACGCGGCGCUGGCGGCCGUGCGGCGGCAAGCAGCACGCUGGGAGCUCCCGCUCACCGUCGUGGCCUACGCAGAGCUCUUCGGGGGCUGGACGAUGGACGCCGUGGCCCGCAGCACGGCCGGCUCCGGCCGCAGCCGCUCCUGUUGCACCUUCUGCGGGGUGCUGCGACGCCGGGCGCUAGAGGAAGGGGCGCGCCGCGUGGGAGCCACGCACGUCGUGACGGGACACAACGCCGACGACAUGGCGGAGACGGUGCUCAUGAACUUCCUGCGGGGCGACGCGGGCCGGCUGGCGCGCGGCGGGGGCCUGGGCUCUCCGGGCGAGGGGGGCGCCCUGCCGCGCUGCCGCCCGCUGCAGCUGGCCUCGCAGAAGGAGGUGGUGCUGUACGCGCACUUCCGCCGCCUGGACUACUUCUCCGAGGAGUGCGUGUACGCGCCCGAGGCCUUCCGCGGCCACGCGCGCGACCUGCUCAAGCUGCUGGAGGCGGCGCGGCCGUCGGCGGUGCUGGACCUCGUGCACUCGGCCGAGCGCCUGGCGCUGGCCCCGGCCGCGCGGCCCCCGCCCCCCGGCGCCUGCUCCCGCUGCGGGGCGCUGGCCAGCCGCGCGCUCUGCCAGGCCUGCGCCCUCCUGGAAGGCCUGAACCGCGGCCGGCCCCGCCUGGCCAUCGGCAAGGGCCGCCGGGGGCUGGACGAGGAGGGGCCGCCGCGGGAGCCACAGCCGUCCGGACCCCCCACUUCGGAGCCCAUCCCUGGCUUCUAGAGACUCCAGUUCUCCGCUGGGAUCCGACGACGUGGGAGUGCGGGGCGGCCUGUAAAUGACACUGUGAAGGAACCCGAGUUACCUUAGCCCGGGCUUCGGUGUGAGGUUGGGAAGGGGUCGGAACCCCUCACCUGUGGUCCUGCAGAAGCUGGGGCUCUGGGCUCCUGGGGCUGCGGAGGACUCCUGGGUGUCUGGGGGACCCCUGGGCCUCAGAGAGGAGAGAACUGUACAACUUUGCAUUCCUGAGCGAGUGGGAAUUAGGGGGCUUCUUGCCUGGACCUCUGUGGGGCUCUGGGCGUGCUCAGAUAGUCCUAACCCUUCUUGAGCGCCUGCUGUGUGCCUCAUGUUUCAUGUUUGCCUGCAGUGGGAUAAGCAAAGCCAUGUAACGUGAUGGGCACGUCAGUUACAGCAAUCGUGAUGCUUCUGUGUGAGCGCUGUGUACAGGGCAGGCGCUGGAUCAUCUCAUUUCAUCCUCACCACGAUCUCUUUGGCUGUAGGCUUGUUACCGAGGCCAAGCUCGCUCUGCUCCCCGCACCACAGGCCAAUAAGUCGGAGAGGAAGUGUUGAGGCAAGGAAUACGACUUUAUUCCGGGUUUGGUUGCCAGUUUCUUUUACAGCACAGAGAGGGCGAGAAGAUGAGGAAGUAAAGUGAAAAGGCCAUAAGUUUUUCAAAUAUCCCCUGGAAUGGCCAGCCUCG